GUUAACGUGUUCUGUGUGUGUUAACCCUCAGAAUGAAGACCAUUCUCAGCAACCAGACAGUCGAUAUCCCCGACAACGUCGAUGUGACGUUGAAAGGGAGAACGGUGAUCGUCAAAGGACCACGGGGUACCCUCCGCAGGGAGUUCAACCACAUCAACCUGGAGCUCAGCCUGUUGGGCAAGAAACAGAAGAAGCUUCGUGUUGACAAAUGGUGGGGUAACCGCAAGGAGCUGGCCACAGUGCGUACCAUCUGCAGCCAUGUCCAGAACAUGAUCAAGGGGGUCACAGUGGGCUUCCGUUACAAGAUGCGAUCGGUGUAUGCCCAUUUCCCCAUCAACGUGGUUAUGCAGGAGAACGGCACGCUGGUGGAGAUCAGGAACUUCCUGGGGGAGAAGUACAUCCGCAGGGUCCGCAUGAGGCAAGGUGUGUCCUGCACUGUCUCCGCUGCCCAGAAGGACGAGCUGGUGCUGGAGGGCAAUGACAUCGAGCUGGUGUCCAACUCGGCCGCUCUGAUCCAGCAGGCAACCACAGUCAAAAAUAAGGAUAUCAGAAAGUUCUUGGAUGGUAUUUACGUGUCCGAGAAGGGAACGGUAGUGGAGCCGGAACAAUAAGCCCUGUAGAGCUGCCCUGAUCCAGCAAGCCACGACAGUGAAGAAGAAGGAUAUCCGCAAGUUCCUGGACGGGAUCUACGUCAGCGAGAA